AUGAAUCAAGAAACCUACCGAUCCAUCUGCCCUCCCAAAGGCACUGCCGAGGCCUGCAGUCUCACUGUUGUGCUGCGCGCCAUCUUCAGCCUCCUUGACUCCAAGGGGCGCCAGGAGUGGUUGUCCCACAACAUUGAUUUUCUCAAAGUCUCCCUCGAUGACAAGCUCAUGCUCGACCGAGACUAUGAGCAGAAGCAGCAAGAUGCCGCCAGAGCUCUUCUUGAGUCGAGCUACGAGGGCAAGACCCCGUCGCCAUACAUCGAGUUGGCCGAGUGCGAGCUCUUGCUGAACACGCUGUGGGCGUCUUCUUCAAUGAAGCUGAUCAGCAAGUUCCUUGUGCGCAAGAAAGAAGGCGACAAGUGGUCGGACUGGGGUCCCGUCAACGUCUCCGAUCGUGACUUGGCUGAUUGGGGUCUCGUCGACUACGAUAUGACUAAGGAGAGAGAGGGCACGAGCCUGUCAGAGGUUGCAUGCAGGCGCUUGUGCAUCUUUAAGAAAAGCGAGACUCUUCAUUUAGACCCGUUUUUUGCAUGUCCGAUGAUCAUGCGAGUACGCCACGUCCCUGGCCAGCGUAAGUUGGAUUUUAUCCAGCUGCAGCGCUUCGUCAUGUGUAUCUAUUACAAGCGCCCGUACUACCUUCUGGCAGCGGUGCGUAUCGACGACAAUGGCAAGGAGACUGAGCGCGUUCGUCUCUAUAGGCCGUUCGGUGAUCGUAUCACAACCAAGUGUGAGGAUAAGACGGUGAGCGCUCACUACAUGGACGACGAGUGGAAUGUUGGUGAGCCUGGCUUUGUGUACAUGCUGUACUACCUCCAGACAAGCGACCUGAAGCCUGAAGACCCGGGUGACGAUCAAUUUGUCCCGGAGUCCGAUGAAGCUCGGCGCAUCGUAGCCUCGCUUACGGGAGGGGCCGAGCAAAACAAGAGGCAGAUGGUUGAGAAGAAGGCCGGCGAGAGCGCUGCCAUGGGCGAGCCGCCUCGCGCCGAGUCAAGCUCCAGCAAUGCCGCCCGAGAAAUAUCGACGUCGAGUAUCACCGAGUCGUCCCAAGCCGCACAGCAACGGAGGCGCGAGGACAAGGGUAAGGACAAGGAGCUGCCGAGGCCCAUCGCUUCGAGUGGUCGAACCAAUACAGGAUUGUCUUUGGCCCAGUCGAUGAGCAGUGAGAAGCGGCCCGAUCAGGACCAAGAAUUGCUUCUCCCUGGUAGAAUGCGCUUAGAGGACGUUGAGCCUGUCGGAGCUGGAUCGUCGGAUUUCAAUCAGACGAGCCCCGUCUCGCCGCAUCAUUCUACUAAGGAAGUAACAGGCAAAGAGAUUUGGGAUCUUAUUUUUAGUACGAUCAGGUCUGAAUAG